AUGAGCGUAAAGAACGUCGAAAUCAAGCCUUUCCAGGACCAGAAGCCCGGAACUUCUGGUCUGCGCAAGAAGGUCAAGGUCUUCCAGCAAGACCACUACUCAGAAGCCUUCGUCACAAGCAUCCUGCUGUCCAUCCCCGAGGGCGUUGCUGGCUCAGUCCUGGUCAUUGGAGGUGACGGUCGCUACUGGAACCCAGAGGUCACGCAGUUGAUCGCCAAGAUCGGUGCUGCCUAUGGCGUCAAGAAGCUGUUGAUCGGCCAGGAUGGCAUCCUCAGCACACCUGCUGCCAGCCACAUCAUCCGCAUACGCAAGGCCACUGGUGGCAUCUUGCUGACUGCCAGCCACAACCCUGGAGGCCCCGAUGAGGACUUCGGUAUCAAGUACAACCUCGCCAACGGCGCACCGGCGCCCGAGAGUGUUACCAACAAGAUCUACGAGACCUCAAAGACGCUCACAUCGUACAAGAUUGCCGACAUCCCUGAUGUCGACCUGAGCACCGUCGGCACACAGAAGGUCGGCGACCUCGAGGUUGAGAUUCUGGAUUCCACCAAGGACUACCUCCAGAUGCUCAAGGACAUCUUCGACUUUGAUCUCAUCAAGUCAUUCCUCAAGCAGCACCCUGACUUCAAGGUGCUCUUCGACGGUCUCAGCGGUGUGACUGGCUCCUACGGUGUCGACAUCUUCGAGAAAGAGCUCGGCAUCCCCAACAGCACCCAGAACUGCGUUCCCAAGCCUGACUUCGGUGGCCACCAUCCAGAUCCCAACCUUGUAUACGCAAAGUCGCUGGUCGACGCGGUCAACAAGAACGGCAUCCACUUCGGCGCCGCCUCUGAUGGUGACGGUGACCGCAACAUGAUUUACGGCGCGAACUCAUUUGUUUCGCCUGGUGACAGCUUGGCCAUCAUUGCACACCAUGCUGAGUUGAUCCCCUACUUCAAGAAACAGGGCAUCUACGGUCUCGCACGAAGCAUGCCUACCUCUGGUGCGAUCGACCUGGUUGCGAAGAAGAAGGGCGUCGAGUGCUACGAGGUGCCUACCGGAUGGAAGUUCUUCUGCGGUCUUUUCGACUCGGACAAGAUGAACAUCUGCGGUGAGGAGAGUUUUGGAACUGGCAGCAACCACAUCCGGGAAAAGGACGGCCUCUGGGCUGUUGUUGCCUGGCUCAACAUCCUUGCUGGCAUCGGACAGCAGACUGGCACCACACCCAGCAUUGCGUCAGUGCAAAAGGAUUUCUGGAAGACUUACGGACGCACUUUCUUCACACGUUACGACUAUGAGGGCUGUGAAACCGAGGGUGCGAACAAGGUAACCAGCCACAUGAAGGAACUCAUCACCACCAAGAAGGACGAGUUUGUCGGCUCAACCAUCGCUGGCCGCAAGGUUGUCGAGGCCGACGACUUCUCCUACACGGACCUCGACGGCAGCGUCAGCAAGAACCAGGGUAUCUACGUCAAGUUCGACGACGGCAGCCGCAUCGUCGUACGUCUGUCGGGCACUGGAAGCAGUGGCGCGACCAUCCGUCUUUACAUUGAGAAGCACACCAGCGACGAGUCUACAUACGAUGUCGAUGCACAGGACUACCUGAAGGACAACGUCAAGCUCGCGACGGACCUUUUGAAGCUACAGGAGUACAUUGGCCGCACUGAGCCCGAUGUCAAGACGUAAGUAUGGACGAUGAGACGAUACACACAACCACGAUAGACUGUAGCUUGGUACAAGAUGGGGAUGUGGCAGCAAUCGCAAGGACGAGGCAGUAUAAUGUAUUGUAAAUGUCCAUCUGGUCUUGAAAAAUCUGAUGCGAGUGCAUACCCAGCCAUUGUCAUCUGAACAAGGCAGCCUCGUGAGGUGUCGAGGUCCUGCGGUCAAUUAAGUUACAGCACAGGGUCGGGUCUUAGCACAGAGCGGUGAGGCAAACACUACCACGUGCAUCGCUAGGGCUAUGAAAUGACAAGCUGCUAGUACAACAUUUGUACAA